AUGAGAUAUCAACAAUGGCGGUUGAUGCUUCUCCGAAGCUACUACCGUCAGUCUCAAUUCGCUUAUCCUUGUUCUCAGUCUCAGGUAACAUCCAUUUCGACCCGAUCUAUCUCUUCUUUCCUUCACCGACGUUCUGGGAUCGGAUCUAUGAACAAAAGCGAACAACUUGGUCCCUUAAGAUCCCCAAUGACGAGCUCCACAGGCCUGGUGAAAUCGGUGACUCGAAGCUUCUCGUCCGAGUCUGCGAUUGAAGAGAAGCCUUCUGCUGAGAGUACCGUGAUCGAUAUCUUUAGCAGAUUGAGUGGUGAGGAUGAGAUCAGGAAAGAGUUAGAGUCGAGUGAUAUCGUGAUUAGCCAGGAUUUAGCUUUGAAGAUUCUGAGAAAGCUCGAAUCAAACCCGGAUGUUGCGAAAAGGUUUUUCCAGUGGAUUACGGAGGCUUUUCCUGGCGAAGUUAGCUCGAAAAACUAUAACAUGAUGCUGCGUAUUCUCGGCGGUAAUGGACUUGUUGAUGAUUUUUGGGGGUUGGUUGAUGCUAUGAAGAAGAAAGGUCAUGGUUUAUCAGCUAACGUUAGAGAUAAAGUGGGUGAGAAGUUUCAGAAAGAUGGAUUAGAGAGUGAUUUGGCGAGGCUGAAAAGCCAUUUCGUUUCAGAUUGUUUAGAUGAUUCAGCCGAGAAGAUCUGCAAUAGAGUGUGUAAGAUUGUGAUGAAGGAAGAAUGGAGUGAUGAUGUGGAGAAACGGGUGAGAGAUCUGAAUUUUGAGUUUCAGAGUGAUCUAGUGAAGAUAAUUGUGGAGAGUCUUGAUGUUGAGCCCAGGAAAGCUUUGUUGUUCUUCCGGUGGGUUGAUGAGUCUGGCCUCUUUAAGCAUGAUGAGAAAACCUAUAACGCUGUGGCUAGGGUUUUGGGAAAAGAGAAGUUUCUCGACAGGUUUCAGAACGUCGUUGAGGAAAUGGUGAGUGCUGGUUACGAGGUGGAGAUGGAGACGUAUGUUAGAGUUGCGACGAGGUUUUGCCAGAGUAAGUUGAUCAAGGAAGCUGUUGACUUGUUCGAGAUUGCCAUGGCGGGUAGUGUUAGUAACAAGCCUACUCCACACUGCUUAGGUUUGUUGCUCAAGAAGAUUGUCACUGCCAAGGUUCUUGAUAUGGAUUUGUUUGCAAGAGCUGUGAAGGCUUAUACCACAAACGGUAAGGCUUUGACGGAUGCUUUGCUGAAAACUGUGUUGAAGUCCUUGAGAAGUGUGGACAGGAUUGUCCAGAGCAGUGAGGUGUUGAAAGCAAUGAGCGAAGGGGGCUACGUUCCAAGUAGUGAUCUGCAGAGCAUGAUUGCGUCAGAGCUUAGUCGCAAGGGGAAGAAAGACGAAGCUGGUGAACUUGUAGAGUUUAUGGAAGAAUCCGGAAACAACCUGGAUGACAAGGCAAUGGCUUCUCUUGUGGAAGGGUAUUGUGAUUCCGGGGAUGUUGAGGAAGCGUUGGUGAGUUUCGAGAAAAUGAUUGGAAAAGCUGGAGCCUCCUCUACUGAUUAUGCGCUUGAGAAGCUGGUUCGUGCUCACUGCAACAGGAAUCAGGCAAGAGAUGCGUACAAGCUUUUGAGUGCGCAGGUAAAGGAAAAGCUGCUGAAACCUCGUCACAGCACGUACAAAGUCUUGGUGAGGAAUCUGUUGACGAAGAAGAAUGCAAGAGAAGGUGGGUUUGAAGAAGCUUUGAGCCUUUUACCAAUGAUGAAAGGUCAUGGGUUCCCUCCUUUCGUUGAUCCUUUCGUGAGUUACUUCUCAACAACUGGAACAAGCAAGGAAGCUCUCGGUUUUCUCAAGGCUAUGACCUCGAAGGAUUUUCCGUCUAGCUCAGCGUUUCUUCGUGUAUUCGAAACAAUGAUGAAGUCUGCAAGGCACAGCGAGGCGCAGGAUUUACUCGCUUUGUGCCCAAACUAUAUCCGUAGCCAUCCAAGUGUUCUUGAACUCUUCAAUUCCAUGAAGCUCGAUGAAUCUGCUGUAGAAAAGCCUUUGGCUGCUUCUGCUUAG